GGCGGGCGGCUGCAGGGCCCGGCGCGCCACCGCGCGAGCUGCUGGGUCACAGCCCGGGCCGCGCCGCCCGCUCCGCGAGGAAGUGACGACUGCGCCGUCCCGAGAGCAACAAAGUUUGAGUCUGCAGGCCGCACUCGCCUGCGCCCCGCACCUCUCCGAGCAGCCCGGGGAUCCAGCACGCAGGUGCCAGGACCCUGUGGAGCAUCAUGAACUGGGAAGAGUAGCUGAGCCCCAGAGCCUCUCUGGAAGAGAAAGGAAGAACCAGCAGUUCUUUCUCCCAGUGUCCGACCUCAUCGUCCAGCGUCUUCCUCUGCCCCUGCUCUGCCCUCCCUGGCUCCUGGACUAGAGCCCAGCUUCCAGCAGGACGUUUCCCCAGGGGAUGGGCGACUGUUGAAGGGGAUCUCACUGCCAGGGCUUAGUUGGCCACAUCAUGAACCUCCAGGCCCAGCCCAAGGCUCAGAACAAGCGGAAGCGUUGCCUCUUCGGGGGCCAGGAACCAGCUCCCAAGGAGCAGCCCCCUCCACUGCAGCCCCCCCAGCAGUCCAUCAGAGUGAAGGAGGAGCAGUACGUCGGGCACGAGGGUCCAGGAGGGGCAGUCUCCACCUCUCAGCCUGUGGAACUGCCCCCUCCCAGCAGCCUGGCCUUGCUGAACUCUGUGGUGUAUGGGCCUGAGCGGACCUCAGCAGCCAUGCUGUCCCAGCAGGUGGCCUCAGUAAAGUGGCCCAACUCUGUGAUGGCUCCAGGGCGGGGCCCGGAGCGUGGAGGAGGUGGGGGUGUCAGUGACAGCAGCUGGCAGCAGCAGCCAGGCCAACCUCCACCCCAUUCAACAUGGAACUGCCACAGUCUGUCCCUCUACAGUGCACCCAAGGGGAGCCCACAUCCUGGAGUGGGAGUCCCAACUUACUAUAACCACCCUGAGGCACUGAAGCGGGAGAAAGCGGGGGGCCCACAGCUGGACCGCUAUGUGCGGCCAAUGAUGCCACAGAAGGUGCAGCUGGAGGUAGGGCGGCCCCAGGCACCCCUGAAUUCUUUCCACGCAGCCAAGAAACCCCCAAACCAGUCGCUGCCCCUGCAACCCUUCCAGCUGGCAUUCGGCCACCAGGUGAACCGGCAGGUCUUCCGGCAGGGCCCACCGCCCCCAAACCCGGUGGCUGCCUUCCCUCCACAGAAGCAGCAGCAGCAGCAGCAACAGCAACAGCAGCAGCAGCAGCAGCAGCAGGCAGCCCUACCCCAGAUGCCGCUCUUUGAGAACUUCUACUCCAUGCAGCAGCAACCCUCGCAGCAACCCCAGGACUUUGGCCUGCAGCCAGCUGGUCCACUGGGACAAUCCCACCUGGCUCACCACACCAUGGCACCCUACCCCUUCCCCCCCAACCCAGAUAUGAACCCAGAACUGCGCAAGGCCCUCCUGCAGGAGUCAGCCCCGCAGCCGGCGCUACCUCAGGUCCAGAUCCCCUUCCCCCGCCGCUCCCGCCGCCUCUCUAAGGAGGGUAUCCUGCCUCCCACCGCCCUGGAUGGGGCUGGCACCCAGCCUGGGCAGGAGCCGACUGGCAACCUGUUCCUACAUCACUGGCCCCUGCAGCAGCCGCCACCUGGCUCCCUGGGGCAGCCCCAUCCUGAAGCUCUGGGAUUCCCGCUGGAGCUGAGGGAGUCACAGCUACUGCCUGAUGGGGAGAGACUAGCACCCAAUGGCCGGGAGCGAGAGGCUCCUGCCAUGGGCAGCGAGGAGGGCAUGAGGGCAGUGAGCACAGGGGACUGUGGGCAGGUGCUACGGGGUGGAGUGAUCCAGAGCACGCGACGGAGGCGCCGGGCAUCCCAGGAGGCCAAUUUGCUGACCCUGGCCCAGAAGGCUGUGGAGCUGGCCUCACUGCAGAAUGCAAAGGAUGGCAGUGGCUCUGAAGAGAAGCGGAAAAGUGUAUUGGCCUCAACUACCAAGUGUGGGGUGGAGUUUUCUGAGCCUUCCUUAGCCACCAAGCGAGCACGAGAAGACAGUGGGAUGGUACCCCUCAUCAUCCCAGUGUCUGUGCCUGUGCGGACUGUGGACCCAACUGAGGCAGCCCAGGCUGGAGGUCUUGAUGAGGACGGGAAGGGUCCUGAACAGAACCCUGCUGAGCACAAGCCAUCAGUCAUCGUCACCCGCAGGCGGUCCACCCGAAUCCCCGGGACAGAUGCUCCAGCUCAGGCAGAGGACAUGAAUGUCAAGUUGGAGGGGGAGGCUUCCGUGCGGAAACCAAAGCAGCGGCCCAGGCCCGAGCCCCUCAUCAUUCCCACCAAGGCGGGCACUUUCAUCGCCCCUCCCGUCUACUCCAACAUCACCCCAUACCAGAGCCACCUGCGCUCUCCUGUGCGCCUAGCUGACCACCCCUCUGAGCGGAGCUUUGAGCUGCCUCCCUACACGCCGCCCCCCAUCCUCAGCCCUGUGCGGGAGGGCUCUGGCCUCUACUUCAAUGCCAUCAUAUCAACCAGCACCAUCCCUGCCCCUCCUCCCAUCACGCCUAAGAGUGCCCAUCGCACACUGCUCCGGACUAACAGUGCUGAAGUAACCCCGCCUGUCCUCUCUGUGAUGGGGGAGGCCACCCCAGUGAGCAUCGAGCCACGGAUCAACGUGGGCUCCCGGUUCCAGGCGGAAAUCCCCUUGAUGAGGGACCGUGCCCUGGCAGCUGCAGAUCCCCACAAGGCUGACUUGGUGUGGCAGCCAUGGGAAGACCUAGAGAGCAGCCGGGAGAAGCAGAGGCAAGUGGAAGACCUGCUGACAGCCGCCUGCUCCAGCAUUUUCCCUGGUGCUGGCACCAACCAGGAGCUGGCCCUGCACUGUCUGCACGAGUCCAGGGGAGACAUCCUGGAAACGCUGAAUAAGCUGCUACUGAAGAAGCCCCUGCGGCCCCACAACCAUCCGCUGGCAACUUAUCACUACACAGGCUCUGACCAGUGGAAGAUGGCUGAGAGGAAGCUGUUCAACAAAGGCAUUGCCAUCUACAAGAAGGAUUUCUUCCUGGUGCAGAAGCUGAUCCAGACCAAGACCGUGGCCCAGUGCGUGGAGUUCUACUACACCUACAAGAAGCAGGUGAAAAUCGGCCGCAAUGGGACUCUAACCUUUGGGGAUGUGGAUACGAGCGAUGAGAAGUCGGCCCAGGAAGAGGUUGAAGUGGAUAUUAAGACUUCCCAAAAGUUCCCAAGGGUGCCUCUUCCCAGAAGAGAGUCCCCAAGUGAAGAGAGGCUGGAGCCCAAGAGGGAGGUGAAGGAGCCCAGGAAAGAGGGGGAGGAGGUGCCAGAGAUCCAGGAGAAGGAGGAGCAGGAAGAGGGGCGAGAGCGCAGCAGGCGGGCAGCCGCAGUCAAAGCCACGCAGACACUACAGGCCAAUGAAUCGGCCAAUGACAUCCUCAUCCUCCGGAGCCACGAGUCCAACGCCCCUGGGUCUGCCGGUGGCCAGGCCUCGGAGAAGCCAAGGGAAGGGACAGGGAAGUCACGAAGGGCACUACCUUUUUCAGAGAAGAAGAAAAAAACAGAGACAUUCAGUAAGACCCAGAAUCAGGAGAACACUUUCCCCUGUAAAAAAUGUGGCAGGGUGUUUUACAAGGUGAAGAGUCGCAGUGCGCACAUGAAGAGCCACGCAGAGCAGGAGAAGAAGGCUGCAGCGCUGAGGCUGAAGGAGAAGGAGGCCGCCGCUGCCGCCGCCGCCGCCCACCAGCAGGCCCUGCGGGAGGAGAGCGGUGCGGGCGCAGGCGACAAGGGCUGAGCGGGGGAGC